GCGAGGAGGAGGCGGCGGCGGCGCCAUGGACGAGGCCGUGGGCGACCUGAAGCAGGCGCUGCCGUGCGUGGCCGAGGCGCCGACCGUGCACGUGGAGGUGCACCAGCGCGGCGGCAGCACCGCGAAGAAGGAAGACAUAAAGCAGAGCGUGCGGAAGCUGCUCAACAGACAUAACAUCGUGUUUGGAGACUACACGUGGACCGAGUUCGACGAGCCUUUUCUGACCAGGAACGUGCAGUCCGUGGCCAUCGUCGACACGGAGUUGAAGGCAAAAGACCCACAGCCCAUCGAUCUGGGCGCCUGCACAGUCACGCUGCACGUCUUCCAGCUGAACGAGGGCGGCCCCAGCAGCGAGACUCUGGAGGAGGAGUCGGAGAACAUCACGGCCGCAAGCCACUGGGUCCUGCCUGCAGCUGAAUUCCACGGGCUUUGGGACAGCCUGGUAUAUGAUGUGGAAGUCAAAUCUCAUCUCCUGGAUUACGUGACGACGACUCUGCUGUUCUCAGACAAGAACGUGGACAGCAACCUCAUCGCCUGGAACCGCGUGGUGCUUCUGCACGGUCCUCCGGGAACUGGGAAGACCUCCCUGUGUAAAGCCUUAGCCCAGAAGCUGACCAUUCGGCUCUCGAACAGGUACCGGUACGGCCAGCUGAUUGAAAUAAACAGCCACAGUCUCUUUUCCAAGUGGUUCUCGGAAAGCGGCAAGCUGGUAACCAAGAUGUUCCAGAAGAUUCAGGACUUGAUCGACGACAAGGACGCUCUGGUGUUUGUGCUGAUUGACGAGGUGGAGAGCCUCACGGCUGCCCGCAACGCCUGCAGGGCCGGCACCGAGCCUUCGGACGCCAUACGCGUGGUCAAUGCCGUCCUGACCCAGAUCGACCGGAUCAAGAGGCACUGCAAUGUGGUGAUUCUGACCACUUCCAACAUCACGGAGAGGAUCGACGUGGCCUUCGUGGACAGGGCUGACAUCAGGCAGUACAUCGGACCACCCUCUGCGGCAGCCAUCUUCAAGAUCUACCUCUCCUGCUUGGAAGAGCUGAUGAAGUGUCAGAUCAUAUACCCUCGCCAGCAGCUGCUGACCCUCCGGGAGCUGGAGAUGAUCGGCUUCAUCGAAAACAACGUGUCCAAGUUGAGCCUCCUUUUGAGUGAAAUUUCAAGGAAGAGUGAAGGUCUCAGCGGCCGCGUCCUAAGAAAACUCCCUUUCCUGGCUCACGCGCUGUUCGUCCAGGCCCCCACCGUCACCAUCGAGGGCUUCCUGCAGGCCCUGUCCCUGGCGGUGGACAAGCAGUUUGAAGAAAGGAAGAAGCUCUCGUCUUGCAUUUGAGCUGAGCUCUCCGCCCGCGGCUUUCUGAGCAUGACCAGCGAGUGACGUGUCCGCUCAGAGCAGCGGCUGCCGGAGUCUCCAGCACCGGCCCCGGUCUAAGGGCCAGAGCCCGAGAGGCUAAGUGGUGUUCCAAGAAGUGUGCCGUAUUUACAUGUUUUUAAGACCAGCAGCCUGUCAUUUCCACGGUUGGGAAGGAUGGCAAUUCGCGUUCUGCCGUCCGGUAAAGAACGGUCCCGAUGUGCUCACUCCAUCCUGUGUCUGGCCCAUUGGGCAGAAAAUGCUGACAAACGUUUGAAAAGGGCAAUUACCGUAGCUAAUUAAGAAACAAAAGGGAAGCCUUAUCGCCUUAAAUAAUAACGUGACCCUGGCAUUAAGAACGUCGGCCUCGCUGAAGACGGCAGGCAGCUUUCUGACCUGACCUUUAUUGCAGGGUGUACUGCACACGUGUCAGGGGCUAAUCAGUAAAGAGAUCCUGUUCCUGUUCCAGAAAUUGAGAAAAAACAUCCCUGGUAGACACCUUUCCCGAUGAUCGGUCGUGGUGCUGUUUGUGAGAAAGGUGCAGCCUCGGCGUCCGGGCCGCCGCGGGCCACCGCCCUGGCAUCCGCCACAGGCCCCGGCACGUGGCACUUCUGCCUGUCGUUUUGUUCCCUCAGCGAGGUUCCUGCGGCGCGAGUGUGUGGUCACGGUGGCCGUGGACACUGGCUGAUCGCUGGGUCUCGUGGGUCGUCGUAUUUGGGGUUGCCUGUUGCUUUGAUGUUCGCGGUUUAUAUACGUUUUCAGGAACACGUUAUCUUUUGUUACAGAACUUCUUAAGUAUUAAAACUUUUCCCCGAGAA